CCCUCCGACACUGCUUAGUAAACAUGGGCUGCUGCUUCAGUAAAGAAUUGAGUAACGGCACGAGUGAGGAGAAAACCAGCUUGUUACAAAAAUCUGUGGAAGAGGAAGCACCAAAGUCAAGGAUAAGUAAAACUUUAUCUUCAAUUUUUGGAACUGUGGAAAGCCAGGACCUGCAUACAGUGGGAAGGACAGUUAAUGGGGUGGCUGUGACAGUUGGCAUUGAACAUGUUUGUAGUGAUGAUUGUGCAGCAUCAGAUUCUAAAUCUGGCUUUUGGGGUAAAAAAGCAAAAUAUUCAUCAUAUAACAGCAUGGGGAAUACUCCCCAUGGGAGCCCUAGGAGGAUGUAUGGCAGACCUUUUAACUUCUUUAAUUCCUUUAGUCACCUCUUGAGAGUCUCUGGUACAUACGGAAGUCUGCAGAGAAGUAAAGAAAAGAAAGAUAAGAUUAUUAAAAGAGCACCUAAAAAACCUAAUAGUAAUGGUCAGCAUGUGAACAAUAUAGAAAAUAACAAUAGCAAUAUUAAUAAUGAAAAUGGAGCUGCACAAGAGCAUUGCUUGUUUGAUCAUAUUUCUAACUCACAUGUACCAGAUACCAUAGACAAAGGCUUACAGAGUGAAAUUUCCUUAAAUAGAAAUUCUCUGGAGGAUUAUGCAGUUACAUGUGACCAUUCAAGGCAAAAUGAAACAACAGUAAAUGUUGAAGACAGCAAGAGUGACAGCUUACAGAAAGUUUCAAGUUCAUAUAGAGAGAUGUCUCCAGCAUUUUCCUAUCUUGAUGUAGAAAACAGUCAAAAUGUGAAAGACAAAGAAUUUUACAGCAUUUGUGUUGUAGAUGCCAAAGAUUUGAAAGGGGAUGAAGAGGUGCCAGCUACUGUGCACGAAGAGACUGCAGCAGACAUAGAUAACUCAGCUGUUACUGAUGAAGGAAUGUGCACCAUGGCAUGGCCUCUAGACAGAGGGAAGGAAUUUCCAGUGCAGCAAUUGGCACAAGUGGAAGCCAAGUUUAAUUCACAGAAAGAACUGUUUGAGUAUAAAAAGGAUGGUAGAUCAAACAUGGAGAAUAAGGAUACAAAGGAAUAUUGCAGCCUAGACAUCCGGUGUUCUUUUGAUAACUUACUGACUGACAGGUGUCAGGUGCAUAGGCUAAAUAAUGACAGUACAGUAACAGAUGUCUUAAGAGCAAAAAUGCCUGUUGAAAUCAUCCCUGAGAGUCAGCAAGAGGAGAUGUAUACCAUGGGUAGUGCUGCCAGUUGGAAUGAAUCACUGGAUACAGCUUGUGAGUCCAUAAAGCCUGUGGAUGCUGCUGGAGAGGACCAAUACAGCCCUAACUCAGAAAAGGUGAAAAAUAGUGAUUGUAUUUCCAGUGUAUUGUUAAACACCAGAGUAUCUAAUUCAAGAAAAACUGAGGCAAGUAAUCAUUCUGAUGUACCACUUGUGCCACUAACUAGGCAUCCCUCAAGUGUUGUAGAACAAAUAAAUCCUGAACAGGUGGUAGAGAGCAUGGGGGGUAACUUUAAAUUAUUAUUAGAAUUACAUAAAAUGGACAAUGUAAAAAAACUUGAUGAAGAAGUCUGCUUUCUGGAUGCAGAAAGUAAAUUAAACUCAAAUGUGGAAAAGAAAGCACUUGAAAGAACAUAUGGUGAUGGCCAAACAUUUUCACCAGACUCUACUGAACAUCACAGCAGUUUUGAAGAACCCUUGAAAGAGGGAGAGAAAUGCACAGGUACAGAUUUGAAUAGCUGUGAAGCUUUGAACAUGACUGGAACACAGCUAAACUUGGAGGAAGGUUCUGAUUUUCAAAAUGACAUUAAAGGUGGCACUGAAAUCAAGGCAUCAUCUGAAGCUGCAAUCCACAGUGGUGUGGAGGAAGAUAUCUGUGUGAGUGCCACUGAACUAAAAGGUGACUUGCUCGAGGAAGCUGGUAACUUGAGCAGAGCUAGACCAGGGGACAGUGAAGUAAACAAGUGUGUCAGCAUCCACGCAAAGGAGAACCUCACUGGUUUUGGUUUAUCAGCUGAGAAUCUAGAACCUUUCACCAGGGAGAAUUUGAAGCAAUUGCAAGCCAAGACUACUGAACUGAAAAAAACCAGUUACAUAUUAAAUACUCAGAUGAAUGACUUGACCACAAGCUGGGAACAGAUUCAGCCAGAUCACAAGAUUUUCUCAAACAAAGAGCUAGGAGUUUGUGUUGACCCAAAGCAGGUAGACAAACAUGCUGCUACCCCUUCCUAUGAAAUACCCAGUGCCUCUCCUGGUGCAGCAGGAUUUCAGCAAGGCACAGAGCAGUGCGUGUUAGGUCUGAUGGACAAUGGAUCAAGUGACCAGAAGCACUCCUGUGACCUGGACAGACAAAAUCCCCACGUUGAAAUGUGGUCACAUUUCAUCAAUCUUCAGACUGGCAAUGCUGAUUGGACAAAUCAGCUACUUUCUGACACAGUUCCUUCUAGUAAUGGUGAAUAUCUAGUGGGCUUUUUAUGGAAUAAUGCAGCUUCUAAUGAUACCAUGAAGAACGACAGACUGUGUAUAGUUAAUGAAAACUUACAGAAUGAACCUGAAAAUUUAACAGGUGCUUCAUAUGCAGUGGAAACAUACCCAUAUCAGCUGCUAGCACCAGAAUAUGCUGGUACGUGGGGAUGGCACGAUAAAGAUGAACUUGAGUCAACCAAGGUUUCUGAGUUAAACCCCAAUGCAAAGGUGUGGGGAAAUCAUAUGUUACACUUGGAAGCAAGUGGUGCCACUGAUGGUAGCGUGAGCAAAACGUGGGAAGAAAUACCUGACCAGCCUCCAGACUCUUGUAAAGAAGGACUGGAUGCCAAUGGCGAUGGUGACAAAAAGCAUCAGAAUGCGGUGCUGACAGAGCUGCCGGAGCCGUCCCCAGCUGUUCCGGGCUCAGAGCAGACGGAUAUGAACCCUUUGGCUCUCGAUCAUUCCGAGUAUGAGUCUAUGCAUGAAACCACCCAGACAGGUGGAAAUGAACAGUUGCAGCCAGAAGGUCAGGAAGAUUUACGAGAAUUACUGAAAAAGACACUGGAAGUCUGUUUAUCUAGAGAAAAUCUUGCCAGUGACAUGUACCUUAUAUCACAGAUGGACAGUGAUCAGUAUAUGCCAAUAAUGACAGUAGCAAACCUUGAUCAUGUCAAGAAACUCAGUACUGAUAUGGAUUUGAUUGUUGAAGUGCUGAGAUCGUUGCCUUUAGUUCAAGUGGAUGAAAAGGGGGAAAAAGUUCGGCCAAAUCAGAAUCGCUGUAUUGUGAUUUUACGUGAAGUACCUGAAUCUACUCCCAUUGAAGAGGUUGAAGCACUUUUCAAAGGAGACAAUUUGCCUAAGUUCAUCAACUGUGAGUUUGCCUAUAAUGACAAUUGGUUCAUCACAUUUGAAUCAGAAGCUGAUGCACAGCAGGCUUACAGAUACCUUAGAGAAGAAGUGAAGACUUUCCAAGGAAAACCAAUUAAGGCAAGGAUAAAAGCAAAGGCAAUAGCUAUAAACACGUUUUUGCCAAAGAAUGGAUAUAGGCCUCUGGAUAUGAACCUCUACACGCAGCAGCGCUACACUGCAUCCUUUUACAUACCUCCAGUAUACAGUCCCCAGCAGCACUUCCCACUGUACAGCUUAAUUGGCCCACAGACCUGGUCAGCCACACACAGCUACCUUGACCCUUCAUUGGUAACACCAUUUCCAAAUACUGGGUUUAUCAAUGGGUUCACAUCUCCAACCUUUAAGCCUGCUGCUUCUCCGCUGACAACGCUCAGACAAUAUCCUCCCAGGAACAGGAAUCCUAGCAAGUCACAUAUACGACAUACAAUACCCAGUGCAGAAAGGGGACCUGGGCUUCUAGACAGUCCUACAAUAUUCAACUUUUCUGCUGAUCGUUUAAUCAAUGGCGUCAGGAGUCCACAGACGCGGCAGCCGGGACAAAGCAGGACACGGGUGCAGAGUGCUACCACCAGUUACACCAAGAGGGAAGUGGGAACUGGGCGGAUGGAACAGACCAGCGUUGACUCGUCCCCUGGAUUAGGGAGAGGAAGGAAAAACUCAUAUGGCUACCGAAAGAAAAGGGAGGACAAGUUUACAAGAGGCCAAACACAGUCUCCACCACCCCCAAAACCUCCAUCUCCCAGCUUUGAACUGGGAUUAUCUAGCUUUCCUCCAUUACCCGGGGCUGCUGGCAAUUUAAAGACUGAAGACCUGUUUGAAAACAGACUGUCCAGUGUGGUAAUAGGAACGUCAAAAGAAAGAAACAUUAAUGUGGAUGCAAGUACAAACACUAUUCCAUCAGGAAUUCCUCGAGAGCCGUUACCAGUUUCUUCUACAUUGCCCAGGACCUUUGAAAGGUCUCCUUCGCCACCCCAGCCUACUGAGGACUCCAAAGUUGUGGAUAAACAGCAGAGAGAGACACAGAGUACAGAAAGACUUUCUUCUUCCACACUGAGUACUGCAUGUAAAUCGGUACAAGUCAAUGGGGCUGCCAUAGAACUGCGAAAACCUAGUUAUGCGGAAAUUUGCCAGAGAACAACUAAGGAUCCUCCUACAUUGCAACCCCAGAAAGACCAGAAGCCAAACACUGUAGCAUGUGGGAAAGAAGAAAGAAAGGCCACAGAAACAAUAGAGAAAAACAGAGAACCUCCUCCUGCAAAGUCACAUCCUGGACAACCCAAAGACCAGAGGAGACAGUCAGGACGCAGAUCGUCCCCUCCAGCUGUUGGCAAACGCUUAAAUAAAGAACAGAGUACCCCUCCAAAAUCUCCUCAGUGAAAAUAACACCUGGGAGGGAUUUGAGAAGAGGUCUGUUUCCCACAAAUUAAACCCAUGUUCCCACUAAGAUACCUGAGAAUGAGUUGCUGGUUAGGAGCUUGCAGUGAUACAAGGCAUGUAACAAUGCCUGCAAGUUAUUUUUCUGUGAAAUACUUUUUCCCCUCUUGAACAAACAUUCUAUUUUUCUGGGUAUUUCUGGAUAGUUGUUCUAAACCUUACAUUUAGAUUGGUGCUUAAUUGGAGGUGAAGCUUAGUGUGAUUUUUUUUUUUUUUUUCCAAGGUGUAAAAUAUUUGUCUUUAAAAAAAACACAACUUUUUAUUAAGCCUCUCUGUGGCUGUGUGAGUGCAAGCUCUGUAUAGUGAGUUUUUUCUAAACUGUUAAGCAGAAACAUGCUGCUGCAAUAUUUUUAAUAAACUGGUCUGCAAGUACAUAUCUAAAGUGUCCAAAAGACUGAUAACGGCAGCUAGUGUGUAGAGUGCAAGAAAGUAGAUAUAUUUUACAAACUAGUAUGUGACCUUGAAGAUUUUUUUUUUAUUGAGCUGCUGUACUAAAUGUCAGCAAAUGAACUUGCACUUUUAGGUUAAAUGAGUAGCUGUUUCUAGCAUUUUUAAAAACUUAAUCUUUUUUUGAUGUUUUGCACACACAAAAGGAAUUCUACAGGGCACCAUAGCAGUCUUUCUGAAAUAUUUCCUUUUUUGACUUACUGCAAGCAAGUAACCAUCUUCUCACUCCAGAAUAAAACUGAUGUUAUAAUUUGCAAAUACAAAGCACAUUGUGAAUAGAAAGAAUCAAGUCUGUGAGCUUCUAUGGUGGUGAAGCCUGUUAGUGGAUGUUAUCAGGAGAAAGCAGAGUAGCCUUCUUGUGAUAACCUGAGCUUCCCUGUGCUUGUAAGGGAGUUAACUGAGUCAGCGCUGUAUAUUCUGGUUACCCCUGUGCUCUGUGUAGACUUUUUUUUAAAACUCUGCCCCAAGUGCUCUUUGAAAGAGUUCAUAUCUUAGUCAGCCUUGUGUUGACAACUUCCUGUAACUACAAGCAUUGGCAUAUGGAUUUAAAUUUUUCAAGACGUGAGAUAAUGGUGUUUGUUUUGUGUGGUGGAGGAAGAGAUCCCUGAUAUUUACCUCUGGGAUGAGGUUUCUCACACUUAUUUACUUUAGAAGUGAUGCGCUUUCUGAAGGACAAGGAUGCACUAAAUUAGCAAGUUUCUAAUAAAGUUGAAUAUAAAUUAUUUUUGUUUUAAAAUGCCUAAAGCUUUUCUUUAAGUGUUUAAACUGCAGGAAGUUCAGACAAAACUCAUUCCUGCUGACUAUGACAGUACAGUUUAUUCCACAAAAAUGUUUAUUUAAACAACUGAUUUUUUUAAAGAAUUAUUUCCAUCCAAUAUUUAAAGACUUGAAUUUUAUUUAAACUUGAAAAUGACUUUGCCUUAACUUUUGUACAAGACAGUUUAGAGUUAAUGAGGUCUGACCCUGUGGAGGGUUAGCAUGAAUGGCAUACAGAAUUACUCAGUUACAGUAUGUAUCUAUUGUCACUGGUCUUACUGGGUAAACAUACUGUAGUACAGGAACUAGCAGCAGUUUUUGUAAUAUACCUUAAAGAUCUUAAACAGUUGAUCUUUUUCAGAUUGUUGAAAAACCUGUAAAUGCAAAUAGUCAAUACUGUAUUAAAUAUGUGCACUUGGAAGUGUGUGCUUUGCUUGUACAGUUGUAAAUAAUCAGAACAUAUAAAAAGGUACCCUAAAGAAAAAAAUCUGAUAAAAAUUAUUGAUAUUAUAAAUGUUGCUGUUGAGCUGGAUGUAGAUAAACUAAAUGUUGUGGUUUGAAUAUUACUUUAAUUUGUUGUUUUUUCUUUUUCUUAUUUUAUUCUGGUGUGUUGAACUGACUCUGCCUCUUCACUGCAAAAGGGAAAUGGAACGAAAGUCUUAUUUGAAAGCCCUCAAAUGUUUUCCUAAUGUCCCUUUAAAACCAAACAAUUUAACCAAUUCAAAAGUGUUCUGCAAUGUAAAUAAUGAAUUUCAGCAGUCAAACUGUAAUUUUUAAGUCAUUAAUAAAAAUCAAGUCUAAUUUGGGAAAAAACUUGACUGCUGCAAAAAUAUACACUGAAGCUUGUCUGCUUUCAAGAGUAUCAGUGCAUGGUUCAUAGAACUGUAAAGUAACUAUAGAAGUUGACUCCUGAUAAAUUUCCUAUUACAAGCAUCAAUUGGUAACCAGUUGGCAUUGUAAAUCCAGCCUGUUGUGUAUGCUGCAGAAUUGGUCAAAAUAGGGCACGUGGAGUCUGUUGAUUUUUCCUGUUUAAAAAGCGCACUUUGUAAAUGCUGUGGGAGGAGAUAGGACCCUGACACUAUCACCAAAACUGCUCAACUACUUCUGUCAUUGGAUUUUUUUAUCCCCUUCUCCUUUCCCCAGUGGCAGUGAAAGCGGUAGCUAGAUUUGUGUAUGGUUUAGGCCAGCUGUAUGAUUCAUUUUGUUUGUCUGCUGCAAGUGAAAGGCUUUACCAGCUGCAAACAGUGGCAAGUGGUCCCUUCCAGCGGCUGUGAGUGGCUCGUCCUGGUGCUCAGCUGGUACCCGAGGUGAUCUGUUGAGACCAGUGGGAUGUGUUGUGCUGUUCUAAUGUAUUCUGCUGCCAUUUGUGAUAGGUCAAUACACUGUAAUUACUGCUUACCCAGCAACAGUCUGUUGCAUCUAAAGUUUAAACCUUCCUCUGAUGUGGUUUUAUAGCUUUUUUUUAAAAAAAAAGUGACACGCCAAAUCGCUGUGUAAUAUACAAUACAACUUCUCCUCGCUGUAAUUUUCCUUUGAGAUUUACUACCCCCAACCCCACUCAGUGACAAAAUGGAGUUUUCGGAGUAGAGUUGUGAAGUUGCAUGCAGACUGUUGCUAUGAUACAGAGAGGGAUAAAAACAUGGCUUUUAAAAUGAAAAACCUCCCAAAAACAGUAGCUGAGCUCAAGGUUCAGGGAUACAGUAAUUAAUAUUGGCAUUUUACCCUGUUAGAACUGUGUGGUGAUGCUUUUCAUUUUGAAAACAAGCCAAAAUGGGAUCUGAGAUUCUUCCAGGAAUUUAAAAAAAAACAUUGCUUUCAAAACUGAAUGUAAUUUCAGAUCAGUUCCCACCCCAUGACACUGUCACUUAGAAAUGUGUGAGCAGUGACAAAUUUUUUGUGUUGCUGUGUUAUCCUUCAAAGCCUUGAGCUGCUGGCAUGGAAAGGCCCUUGUUGGAACGUGGUGCAGUGUAUCAGGAGCAACAGCUGGCUGUAAUGGUGCACACCUAUCUCUAUCUCCUUCAGCUACAGGUAGGGGUUUUGUGCUUUGUAACCUAUUACACUAAUAGCAGCAGACAAUCCAAGAUUUCUAAGGAGACCUAACAGCUGCCAAUUCACAAAAUAGAAGUGUAAUAUGGGAGCCUUUUUGAGGGUUUUUGUUUUUGUUCUUCUUCCAUUAAGACUGGAAUCAAGCUUACAUGUAAACUAUCAGUAAUUUAAGUUUCCUUUUGUGUCAUAAAAUGUAAAACUGUCUAAUUUGAAAAAAAAUAUGUAGGUUAUGAAAAAUAAAGAUUUAGGCACUGUUGAA